UAUGCAGAAAGUUUAGAGUACAAAGUGCAAAUAAACGGUAGUUAUUGAACCAUCUCCAAAAAUUGAAGGAGAAAAAGAACUGCAGCAAGAGAUUAUCGGAGAAAACAAAAACAAUCUUUGAGAAGAAGAAUUGCGUUGAGUUUUGGUCCAAGAGCUUCAAUUCCCUAAAAAAAUCUUUAAGCUUUAAGCUUCUACACAUGCCCAACUCGAACACAAAAGAACAAGGAAGCAAACAAUAGAGAAAUAAAGAACAAAAGAACCAAACCCUUCACUACCAUUGACGGGUGCUUCGUUCUUGAGUAAAUCAACUACAAGGGAAUUUUGAUCGCAAUGAUCUUAUUUCAUUUAGAUGCCCCUUUCUGUUUCAGUGUUCAUUAAUUGAACUUGUAUUCCUUCUUACUGGAUUUUUAUGGGGUAGCUGUUUUUUGUGAAAGUAUCAUUUUAGAAUCGGUUCCAUUUUGUAUGCAGCUCUGGAGGAAGUGGGUAAAGCACAUAAGGUUACUGCUCCUCAAUUUGGUGGAUUCAUGGCUGAUAAUGCUUUAAUUGUUGUACCUGAUGGUUCUCUUGCUUUGUCAGAACAAAGUUUAGUUAUUGGACAAGAAUUUGCUGAUGUUGAGACUUGCAGAAGAACAUUGAAAGAUAUUGCUAUAGCCCUGCAUUUUGACCUUCGAAUAGUGAAAUCAGAUCGAAGCCGGUUUAUUGCCAAGUGCUCCAAGGAAGGCUGUCCAUGGCGUGUUCAUGUUGCAAAAUGCCCUGGAGUUCCAACCUUUACAGUUAGAACCUUACACGGAGAGCAUACAUGUGAAGGAGUUCACAACCUUCACCAUCAGCAAGCAUCAGUAGGUUGGGUAGCUAGAUCUGUAGAAGCUCGCAUUCGGGACAAUCCACAAUACAAACCAAAGGAAAUUCUGCAAGAUAUACGUGACCAACAUGGUGUUGCUGUGUCUUAUAUGCAAGCUUGGCGUGGAAAGGAGCGAAGCAUGGCUGCACUUCAUGGAACUUUUGAAGAAGGGUACCACCUUCUUCCUGCAUAUUGUGAGCAGAUAAGGAAAACAAACCCUGGGAGUAUUGCUUCAGUCUUUGCUACAGGACAGGAAAAUUGUUUCCAGCGCCUCUUUAUUUCUUAUCGUGCAUGUAUAUUUGGGUUCAUUAAUGCUUGUAGGCCACUUUUGGAACUUGACAGAGCACAUCUUAAAGGAAAAUACUUGGGUACAAUACUUUGUGCUGCAGCUGUUGAUGCUGAUGAUGCAUUAUUUCCUCUGGCCAUUGCUAUUGUUGACACAGAAAGCGAUGAAAACUGGAUGUGGUUCAUGUCAGAAUUACGGAAGCUUCUUGGAGUAAAUACUGAUAACAUGCCUAGACUCACAGUACUUUCUGAAAGGCAAAGGGGCAUUGUGGAGGCAGUGGAAACUCACUUUCCUAGUGCUUUUCAUGGGUUUUGUUUACGUUAUGUUAGUGAAAACUUCCGUGAUACAUUUAAGAACACAAAGUUAGUUAACAUCUUCUGGAAUGCUGUAUAUGCCCUUACAACAGCUGAAUUUGAAAGCAAGAUUUCUGAGAUGGUAGAGAUUUCACAAGAUGUUUUAACUUGGUUUCAACACUUUCCUCCUCAGCUUUGGGCAGUAGCUUAUUUCGAGGGCAUGAGAUAUGGCCAUUUUACAUUGGGGGUCACAGAGCUGUUGUAUAAUUGGGCUCUUGAAUGUCAUGAGCUCCCGAUUGUUCAAAUGAUGGAGCAUAUUCGCAAUCAGUUGGUGUCUUGGUUUAAUAAUCGCCGUGAUGUAGGUAUGAGGUGGACCUUGAUUCUUGUUCCAUCUGCUGAGAAGCGGAUUCUAGAGGCAAUUGCAGAUGCUCGUUGCUAUCAAGUCCUACGUGCAAAUGAAGUUGAGUUUGAAAUUGUGUCAACUGAGCGGACAAAUAUUGUGGAUAUAAGAAGUCGUGUGUGCUCAUGUCGCCGUUGGCAGCUAUAUGGUUUGCCUUGUGCACAUGCUGCUGCUGCUCUUAUUUCUUGUGGGCAAAAUGCCCAACUAUUUGCUGAACCAUGUUUUACAGUUGCAAGUUAUCGGGAGACUUAUUCACAGAUAAUAAGUCCAAUUCCAGAUAAAAGCCUAUGGAAGGAACCGGGCGAGGGAACUGAAGGUGGAGGUGCCAAGGUUGACAUCACAAUACGUCCACCCAAAAUUCGUCGCCCUCCUGGCAGACCAAAAAAGAAAGUUCUUCGAGUAGAAAACUUUAAGCGCCCAAAGAGAGUUGUUCAAUGUGGUCGCUGUCAUUUGUUAGGACAUUCUCAAAAAAAAUGCACGAUGCCAAUGUGACCGGGUGUUAGCUUCUUGACUUCUUAAAACUUGUUAUUCUGAAUUUGUAAUAGAAUCCAUGGUGUGUUUGUAAUCUGAUGUAUGUUAUAACUAUUUCACAGAAUAACAAUGAUCUUAUCCUUUAGGUAUA